AUGAGCCUAGCUUCAGAUCAAGUACCAUAUGACUCCAAGACUCAGAAAUUGAGGUCUAAAUUAAAGCUUUUCAACAAACUUAAUGAGCAGACAGAAGAGUCACACCCCUUACAAACCACUAUAAGCCUCAAAUUAUCCAAAUCCCUCAACGGAAGUCCCAUCACGACGCAUCUGCCUUCGUUCAGUUCGCUACCAUAUGCCAAUACUCAAACGCAGACCAAUAAUCCUCCUAUUUCAGAGAUUUAUUCGCACCCACAUAAAUUGAAUUUCCGACUUCGCUCCAACUCGCUUCCCAACUUCAACAACCACUUCCAAAGCAAACUCAGCCGUCUGAACCCUCGCCGUCGACCGAGCCAAAUGUCUAGCAAUGGGCAAAGUUAUUCUUCGUACUCAUUGGUCCAAGAAAAUCCAACCACAACUCCAAGUGACUUGAGUUCCGGUCAUUCACCGACCUCUUCUGGCGAUCGUAGGAACCGCUACAGUCCUUUUAACAGCGACGACAGUGACAGUAUUAUGCUGGACAACGAUAAUGACCUCGAUUCCAGUCACUACCAGCAACAAGAUGCAGAGCUUAGAGAUUUUUUAAAAUCGCCAUCCCCAAACGUUCAUUCUAGUGUGAGCACAAGAUAUUUCACAGCGUAUUCUACAGCAUCGAGCGUAUCCAAUUACAAGGAUGAUGAACUUAUUAUGAUUCCGCCGCUUCCCCCGGCCACGACCCAAACUUAUAGACCUUCACUUUCUUCAGGAUCGUCCUUUGGAUCGAUUCCAGAAAACGAUAACGACAUUCACGAAAGCGAAAACGAAAAUGAGAAUGUAGACAAUGCAAUCGAGAUGCCCAUUACGACUGCACUGGUUGUACGUGAAAAUGGAAAAUUAACCCAUUGCUUGUCUUCUACAUCUGUUCACUCGUCAAUGGCUAGCAACGUCGCUGACUUCAAUACCAACAAGAAAAUCAGCAGCUCAGUACAAAAGCAAUCACCGAAGCUGCAGGAGGAGGACAACGUAGAUCGUUUGGCCAACUCUAUUCUCAAGGUGAUCAAUAUCGAAGACAAGGAAAUAAAGUGGGGCAUUUAG